AUGGUUGAUGUUCCCGCCACUUAUGGUGCUCUCUUGUUGGGUGGUCUGAUAGCUACUGGCAUGACAGGGAUUGUUACGGUUCAAUCCUUCGUUUACCUCAAGACAUACCCUGACGAUUCCGUCAUGACACAGAGCACAGUCGCUGCGGUGUGGAUCCUCGACUGGUGCCACACGGGCCUUGUAUUUGCGUCGCUAUGGACUUUUCUUAUCAAAUACUUCGGGGACCCAUCUCACAUCAACAUCAUCCCAUGGCCUGUAGCACUGACCGUGGCUUUUACGGCGGUCCUCACCUUCAUUGUUCAUAGCUUCUUUGCCCUUCGUAUAUAUAAGUUGAGUUACCAGAACUGGCGGAUCACUGCAAUCAUUCUGGUGUUCGCAUUCUUGCGACUAUGCUCCGCUGCUGUCACCACAGCAGAGAUGAUCCACAUGGAAACUUUCGAUCAGUUCAGGCUCCAUUUUCGCUGGGUCUUCACCUUGGGCCUCGCUCUCUCAUCGUUUGUCGACGUUCUCAUCACCGCUUUUCUCUGCAUGUCACUGCAAAAAAGUAGUCACCGAGGCGUAUCUCACAUGGACCGCGUCAUCACGUCCAUCAUACUUUACACAGUCGAGAAUGGACUAGUGACCAGUGCGACCACUGUCACUUCGAUGAUAUGCUGGCUUGUCAUGCCGACAAACCUCAUCUUCAUGGGUCUUCACUUCGUUAUUGGCAAAUUCUACGCGUGCUCGUUACUCGCAACGUUGAAUGCCCGGAAAGAGCUCCAGAACAAACACAAUUCACGCGGGUUUUCUGUAGGAUUCCCCGUGAACUUCCCAGCGACAAAGUCGAGGGCCCGAGAGCCUAUCAUUCCCAACCGCGAUCAGAUUACCACCAGGCUCGAGAUCAGCGUGGAGAAGACAGUCGAGUACAACGUCGACUCGGACAAUAUUGCUCAAACACCAAGUCGCUCUGUCACGCCUUCCACUCUUUGUCCAAGCCCUACGCCGCUGAGACAUUCUCACUUCAUUGAUCCUACGUUACCGCUUAACAAUGCUGUUUAAUGAUUCUGGGUUUCCGAGAUGCUCAUCGGACUCAUCUAUCGCAUCUGGUGUCUUAUGCUCACUUCAUCCCUAUGUACAUUUUUUUCGGUUGAAAC